GGCUGGAAUUGCUGAUGAAUAUAAUUCACCCAUAGGUAUUUGAUGAGUCAAUGUUUCACAUCCAAUUCAUGUAUGAUUGUCAUUUUUUUGCUCAGCAAAGUUGUAGUAUAGUAUUGUCAUGAAAAUUUUACUUGUUGAAUAACAUAGUCCAUCCAACUUAGCUGAAGUGGGCUGCUGCAAGCAUGGCAGGUGCAUCACAGGGAGCUCAUAAGGAGAAAUGGCAGCCACUAUCAGUUUUCCUGAUAUGGAAAACAGACAUGGGGGUUCAAUAGUGAUCAUAUGAUCAAUGGAGAGCACAGAAUAUGGUGAGGGUGGGGAUAGGAUCGUUAUUGUUAUCACUGGUGAUGAUAACAUUGGGGAGGAUAACAGGCCUAAUAGCCAUAAUCCCUCAUGUUGAAAAUGGGGGAUGCAUAGAGAUGAGGAGUAUUUCAGACCUGGGGCAGGUAGUAGGGAGCAAUGUUGGUAUUGGGCAGGGGUGGCAGCAGCAUGGCAAUUGGUGUCUCACAUUGCUGUUGCAUUGUGUGUUGUCUAUCACAUACCUGAGAAGCAGCAUUGACCUAGCCCAGAUGGAUGUUGCCAUCACUGCCUUUGUUGGAUGUCAGGGGCCUAAUCUUGCUCCUGCCCUUCUCCUCACCAGUUGUGAGGAGUCACUGUUUGGGUAUCAGUCAUGGUGCUGCCUUCAUGUGAGGGCUAUGCAUGAGAUAGUGGUGAAAUGGUUGCCAUCCAUGGCUCUUGAAACCACAGGAUGCAUCAAAAGUAGGGUUCCCACAGGUAACCCACGAGAUGCUGUGAAGCUGACCCAUACCCAUACCUG